AUGGAUACUAGUGAGGAGCGUCGAGCCGCACAUAAUGCUAGCAGUCGUCGCAGCUACAUGAAACACCGCGACUUGAUCAACCAAAAACGACGGGACGCUUAUAGACAGAAGAAGGAUAAAAGAAAUGGGAAGAGUCUCAAGCCGUUGGACGAUCAGCAAGGAGCACACCCGGUCAUUGAGACUGAUUUGAAUAGCGCUUACCCGCACGCCCAGCGCUGUGCACCACUGACUGAAGCGAUGGACCACAUUAUUCGCAUCUCCUCAAGCUUCACGAUACUUACGCUGGGCUCGUCGGAACGCUACGCUGACACCCUCUAUCAGGAGUAUCAGCGAAGUAUCACUUUAGAUCGCCCCGAAGGCUAUCUCAGUCUCCUGGUAAAUGCGGUUCUGCAGGUAUCUUUUCUCGAGCAGUCCCUGCUGGAGCAAGAACACAUUAUUUUGAAUUCCGCCGGUACCGGGAACGAGAUGGGGAGGCUUCGUGUGGUAUUGGAUCCAGUUCGAAUGUUGGCGGGCUGGUUGGAAGAAAUACUUUUCACCGCGAUGAUCAGUCCUGCCAAUUUGAGGGGGAAAUAUCUUCGUAGAGAGCUUGCUUUUCUGAAAUAUGAAUGAGGAAGGGGCGUGUAUUUCUUGAAUCACUAACAGACACUUUCCCUUUCUCCGUUACUCUAAUCUGUCCGAUCUGUCGUAUGCGACGCGUCCAACCGUACGGGUCAAUCGAUUUCAAUUUGCCAUAUGCCUUCCGACCACGGUCCAUAAGACAGGCUAGUUCGCUUUCCUGCGCAUUUCCUAGGCCCGUCUGC